AUGGCUGCUGCAACUGAAUCUCAGUUCCUCGCUGGUCCUGCGAGAGAAUUCUCGAAUAACAAUCCCUACUACCACCAUGCAUCUCCCUCGCCGAGCCGAUACAACCUCAGUCUCACACGGUCGAACUCGGUACCGUCGAUCUUCUUCCCUGAAUCCAGAGAACACCAACCUGUGGAGCCCAAGAGAAAGCAGAGGGACAGUACUGGCACUCGUGGGCAUCGCCAUCACCGGUCUGCGAGGCAUUCUCGGCCCAAAAACACAGACGUUAUCGACCAGCUGGACGAUGCAAGCGCCUUCCAGUACCAUCACGAGGGGCCUUACGACGCGGCCCUGCCCCGACGAAACCAGGACAGCAAAAAGAGUCCGAUUGAGGCUCUCAAGGACUCGCAUGCCGAGAUUCUCAAGGCGACACCGCACGACAAACUCGUCGACUGCCUCGAGAGCCACCGUCCGCUCGACGGAGUUGCCUUUUUCCCUCCCGGGCACACUGAUCGGGAUGGCAAUACCUACGACUACGAAGAAGGCAGCAACAUGAUGAACGACUAUGGGAAUUUUUUCCGGGUGCCUGGUCUGAAAUUCACCGAGGAGGACUUCAAGAACGACCCCUUCUAUAACUCGCCGCCUCCCAAGCCAUUUACUGCUCUCAAGAAGGCGCUUUCCAUCCGUCGCCGGAAGCGCAGCGACACCUCGUAA